AUGCGUGCGCCUCGCACGCCAAUCAUAGCGCCCUCAGAUCGCACGGCGUUCCGACGACGGUGUGUCGCGGAGCCGCGUGCGACUAUCACGGCGUCGCACGCUCGUGCCGCGCGCAACGCCCCAUGCGAUCAUGGGCGAAGCGCCGGUGCUCUGAUUCCAUUCUCUCGCCUCACCAUUCCUGCGGCGUCGCCUGCUCACAAUCUUCCAGAACCUCCUGCUGCGGCGGCGCCUGCGGCGGUUGCCACGGCGUGUCCUCAUCCCCAUCAGCCUGCCCUUCAUCGCGCGCACCAUCGGCCGCUCUUCGACCGCCUCUGGGUGGACGAAAGCGACUCGCUCGCCUCGCCUGCUGGCGCCGUGGAGGCUCCGGCAUUCAGCAGUGCUGGCAAGCGGUCGUGGGGGCGCCCUGUGAAGGACACGUGGCAGCAGCAGCAGCAGUUGCAGCAGCAGCAGCAGCAGUUGCAGCAGCAGCAGCAGUUACAGCUGCAGCAGCAGCAGCUGCUGCAGAAGCAGUUACAGGUGCAGCAGGAGAAGAAGGCAAGCAAGGGCGCUGCUGCUGCUCUCGCAGCCAAGGACGGGCUGGCCCAGCUUGAAGCCUUCAUGGAAGCGUCUAUGGGAGGAGGAGGAGGAGGAGCAGCGCAUUCCAGCAUUGCCCAAGAGGAGGAGGACCUGAGAUCGCUCCAGGCGGUGGUCAUGGGGCUGGAACAUGCGUGCCUGCAGGAAUUGGAUGCUGCUGGGGGAGUCGAGGAGAAGAUGUCGGGAGGGGAGGAGAAGAGGAUGGAGGAAUCUGGAGUCAGUGGUGACUAUGCUGAGUAUUUUGCUGCUGCCGCCGCCGCCGCCGCCGCCGCUGCUGCUCCUGCUAAUGAGCCCAGGGGAAGCGAGCAUGCUGCUCCUGCUCAAGACAAGUGCGCUGCUUGUGAGCACACAUCAAUUGAUUUGGAUCUCAGGCUCUAA